AUGAUAUUGGCCUUAUACAGCGACGCAAACAAAUGUGGAAAUUCAAGAACUGUUCUGGCGAAAAGCCCUCUCCGACCAUUCGCUUCUUGGUCUUUUUCAUCCAAUCAACAGCAGAACGGCGUUGAGAAAGCGUGCACACGAGGUGUUGCUGGCGAUUUGCCGGCGAGGUGGCUGCUGUUUGUUGCAGGUGCGGGGUGUUUCUUUGCUCAUGAGGAGAGGAAUCUGUGCCACUUUGUAUGGCGCUUUUGCUAG